GAGAGGGAGGGACCCUCCGGAGCCGGAUUUCAAAGCGAGGCAGUUGUCGGGAAGGCUCCAGACGCGGGGCAGGAAUGGCACGUUUUUCCAGGGCGGCUUUCCUUCGGGAACGCGCCGCGGUCGGUGCGUGCCUGCGCUGAAAAGCUUCCGCCAAGCCCCGCGGGCAGAGCCGGGAGCGAGGGAUGCUUUAUGGCACUGCGGUGCUCCGGCUGGUCCUGCGAGCGGCUCUCCAGCCCGCAGGCAGCGGGCACAGCUAGGACAGCUGGGCAGCGCCAGGGAUCCUUCCCUCCCGCGCUGUCAUUGCCGCUGGGAGCAGGAAGAUUUGCCUUCACUGUAAGUGCUCCCAGGAAGAGCACAUUGUGACAGUUAUGCCUCUGGAGAUGGAGAAGACAGUCACGAAGCUCAUGUUUGACUUCCAGAGGAAUUCAACUUCCGACGACGACUCGGGCUGUGCUUUGGAGGAGUACGCCUGGGUCCCCCCCGGCCUGAAGCCUGAGCAGGUGCACCAGUACUACAGCUGCCUGCCCGAGGACAAGGUUCCCUAUGUCAACAGCCCGGGAGAAAAAUCUCGCAUAAAGCAACUUCUUCACCAGCUGCCACCACAUGACAAUGAGGUCCGCUAUUGCAACUCCCUGGAUGAGGAGGAGAAGAGGGAGCUCAAGCUCUUCAGCAACCAGAGGAAGAGGGAAAAUUUAGGGAGAGGCAAUGUUCGGCCAUUCCCUGUGACCAUGACAGGAGCCAUCUGUGAGCAGUGUGGCGGCCAGAUCAACGGAGGGGACAUGGCCGUCUUCGCCUCACGAGCGGGACACGGCGUCUGCUGGCACCCCCCCUGCUUCAUCUGCAGUGUUUGCAACGAGCUGCUGGUCGACCUGAUCUACUUCUACCAGGAUGGGAAGAUCUACUGUGGCAGGCACCACGCUGAGUGCCUCAAGCCCCGCUGCGCCGCAUGCGAUGAGAUCAUUUUUGCCGACGAGUGCACCGAGGCCGAAGGGCGGCACUGGCACAUGAAGCAUUUCUGCUGCUUCGAGUGCGAGACGGUUCUGGGGGGGCAGCGCUACAUCAUGAAGGACGGGAGGCCCUACUGCUGCAGCUGCUUUGAGUCCCUGUACGCCGAGUACUGCGACACCUGCGCCCAGCACAUCGGCAUUGACCAGGGCCAGAUGACGUACGACGGCCAGCACUGGCACGCCACCGAGACCUGCUUCUGCUGCGCCCAGUGCAAGAAGUCGCUGCUGGGACGGCCCUUCCUGCCCAAGCAGGGGCAGAUCUUCUGCUCCAGGGCCUGCAGCAUUGGGGAUGACCCCAAUGGCUCCGACUCCUCCGACUCGGCUUUCCAGAGCGCGCGAGCCAAGGAAUCGCGCCGCAGCGCCAAGAUCGGCAAGAACAAGGGGAAGGGCGAGGAGGGGGCGCGCAGCCCCUGCAACCAGCUGCAGGUCACCUCCAACCGCCUCUCCACCGACGUGGACCCGCUGUCCCUGCAGAUGGAUCUGCUGAGCCUGGCCAGCCAGACACCGAGCCUCAACAGGGACCACUUGUGGAGGAGCCGGGAUGAGCUCUAUCACUAUGGGGGCAAAAUGGAGCAAAGCCAGUCUCAAACCCCCUUGCAACUUCUCAGCCAGUGCAACAUAAGAACCUCCUAUAACCCCACCCAGGUCCCGGGCUCGCAGUCGGAUUUAUGGGCAAAGCACUUCAGCAACCCAAAGAGGAGCUCCUCGCUGGCCAUGAAGAGCCACGGUGGCAGCUUCAUCCAGGACUGCAGAGAGGACUACUACUCAGGAAGGCUCCGCUCGCAGGAGAGCUACAGUGACAUGUCCAACCAGAGCUUUCCAGAGACCAGAGGAAGCGUCAAAGUCCCCAAGUAUGAAGAGGAAGAGGAGGGUGGGAUGCCAACAUCGCAGUGCCGCACCCGUCACCCCAUCAGUGCCCUCAAGUUCACAGAGGACCUGACGCCCACCGAGCAGACUCCCCGGGGCUCCAUGGAGUCCCUGGCACUCUCCAAUGCUACAGGCCUCUCAGCAGACGGUGGAGCCAAGCGCCAGGAGCACCUCUCCAGGUUCUCCAUGCCUGACCUGAGCAAAGACUCGGGCAUGAAUGUCUCCGAGAAGAUGAGCAACAUGGGCACCCUGAACUCGUCCAUGCAGUUCCGCAGCGCCGAGUCCGUGCGCAGCCUGCUGUCGGUGCCGCAGUACCAGGACAUGGAGCCCACCCUGCACGACCUCGCCAGCCCUCUCGGCUACCCAGAGCGGCCGUCGCACGGGCGCAUGCACCAGAGCUUCGACUACGGCAGCGGGGUGCCCGGGGGCCAGCUGGGGGCACAGGAGAUCCCGAGGCACACGCCCAUGAGCGAGCGCACGCGCCGGAGAACCGUGCUCCGGGAUGACGACCGGCGCUACCGCCCGCACCGGCCCCGGCGCUCCCGGCGCUCGCGCUCGGACAACGCCCUGCACCUGGCCAGCGAGCAGUGCUACCGCCUGAAGGAGAGACCCUCGCUCCGAGCCAGGGACGACUACGACCCCUUCGUGCACCAGAGGAGCCGCAGGGAGACGAUGGAGCAGGGUCCCCGCAGGGAUGUCUACGGCCACUGUCCCCGGACGGUGUCGGAUCUCGCCUUGCAGAACCACUUGGGCGAGAGAUGGGGGCCCUACUUCGCCGAAUACGACUGGUGCUCCACCUGCUCCUCCUCUUCAGAGUCCGACAAUGAGGGCUAUUUCCUCGGGGAGCCCAUUCCGCAGCCUGCCCGCCUCCGGUACGUGACCAGCGAGGAGCUGCUGCACAAGUACGGCUCGUACAGCAUGCCCAAGUCUUCCACGGUGGGGGCCAGGGGACAGUUGCACAGCCGGAAAAGACAGAAGAGCAAGAACUGUAUCAUAUCCUAAUGGCAUCCUUGCCAGGCACCUUGGGAGAAUGUAAAUUAACUCACGAUCUUGCACUGUUUUAGAUCAUGUAAGUGCUUUUAUUGUAACGAAAGAAAGGCCCGAAGAGUAGGGAUUUGUAAGAAGGUUGUAGACCGGCUUCUAUAAAUAGUCAUAAUCCUGGGCACAGUGAAUAUAUUUUGCACAUCUUACUUUGGA